GCUAUUGGAUAGCGCGACACUGAAAUGCGGCGGUGGUUUUCGUUGCUUGUUACAGAGCUUUUUUUUAGGUUGUUCAUCCUGAGAUAUUGCUCAUUGUAAUAAAUAAUAUACAACAAUAAAUGAGUGUCUGGCGCAGACUUCAAAGGGUUGGAAAAAAAGCAGCUAAAUUUCAGAUUACUGCUUCUUUGCAUGAGCUGAAUAUUGAAUGCUCGCGUCAAUACAGCCCCGGAAACUUAGUAGUUGUUUGGUCUCGUCGCAGUCGGCGAUAUUCUUCGAAAUCAUUUGAACCUGUUAAAAGUUCCGGCAAUUCAAAUUCAUUUAAAUAUGUUUGGUCUAUGCCGGAGAAUAUAGAAUUCGUCACUACUUUAUAUCGAAAUGAAAAAGCAAUUCAAUUUGAAGAAAAAGAAUGGAUAUGUCAAAUCGAAGAUGUUGGAGCUAAAACUUCAGGUUUACUUUCGGCAUCUACACCAUCGGUUAGACGACGUGUACUUGCUACCAGACAAAUCGAUAUAGCCGAAUUCGUCUCAGAUUUACCCGUGCAAACAAAUCUCAAAGUAGUCAUGCGUCUCGCUUCUAAAAAGUUAAUAUCUGCUACAGUUCUCCUUACGUUAAAUUCCGUUAUUGUAAAAGCUGGAGAAGCCACUGAUGAAGAUAUGAUAUCCAUAGCGUCACUCAUGUCAUUAAGUCGUACUGGAAGUUUUAACGUUGGCAGUGGAGUAACUAUUAAUGAUCUAGGUGGUGUCGCAGCAUUUUCACCGACGACAGCGAGGCUCUCUAACGUGGAUGAUCUUAAUUCACAUUCCUUUUCAAAUAGUACUUUUCAUACUGAUCUUAGUGAAUUAACUGCUAAAUUACAAUCUUUGGAACGACGUCAAAUAGAUCCCCUUGUAGAAUCUCCUAUAAAAGCAAAUGGGAAUUUUUCAGAUUAUUCUUCAGAAUUAGAUAAUUCCAAAAUAACUCUAAAUAGUUCGAAAAACCAAGAUUCACUCUCAUCUACGGUUGAUGAUAUGUUGGCAAAACCACUUAUUCCUACUUUUGAUAAAACAAUUCCUAAUUCAACUGAAUUAAAGCCUAUUUCAACUCAAAGUCGAUAUGAUUUACUUCUAUGGUGUCAGUUGGUGACUAAAUCUUAUGACAAUAUACAAAUAGUUGAUCUUACUACAUCAUUCCAGAAUGGAUUAGCUUUCUGUGCUAUCCUGCAUCAUUUUUUUCCCGAUCGAAUUGAUUACGACUCAUUGUCAUCGGAGAACCCUCUACAAAAUUGUCGCCUGGCAUUCGAUGUGGCUUCUAAAUUGGGAGUACCCCGUGUACUUGAUCCAAGUGAAGUAGUUUCUAAAAGUCGUUCACCUGAUUUGCUCAGUAUGAUGACAUACCUCCAUCAAAUCCGUACAUUUUGCUGUGAACGAACAAAAAAUAAUGAUGAGAACUCUCCAAGUACAAAUGAUAAUUUAGUAUUAAAUGGGAUAUUUGAACAAUGUAUCAAAACCAACAACUCAGAAACGAAUCAUAGUUUGCAGAUAGUUGAAAAUCCACCGGAUGAAAACUCAAACAAUGCUAAAAAUAAUUUAACUAAUCCAGAUAAAGCUGUUAGAUCAACACCUAAAAAGAAAAUUCCUUUAAUGAAUUAUGAACAUAUGUUGGCUAAAGCACGUAGUCUGUUGCAACAAUCACGUCUAAAUUACUUAGCACCAACAAAUCGACCUGGUGCUUUACCGCCUCUAGCGCAUCCUCGUAAACCACAUCCUAUAUCUGGUUCAUUGACAGCAAUUCAUUCAACUGAUGAAAAUUUUAACCGAAAUCCAGUGACAGAAGAAAGUUUAAGGAAUAUUACGUUAACUGAUGGACAAAAUCAUCGAUUGACUGAUACAAAGUUAUGUACAAGCACAAUAUGUAUACCGAAUGUUGAUACCUCAUUAAAUUCCAUUUCUAAGCCAUUUCGAUUUUCAACGAGUAAUAUUUUUCCAACACUUAGUAAACCACCACAGUCAACUGUUGACACAAGGUUUUCUCCGGAACAAAUGAAAGUUAGACGUCUACGUCUGUCACAAAUGAAUCUCUUUGCGUCGGGUCGAGGUAGUGGUGCACCAGUACCUAUACGUAUUGGUGAACAUCAUUUGGAUAAUAAAACGGAUAACCGAACGCAUGUCUCCACUUCUAUCAAAAAUCAAGGCUCUUCAGCCAAUAACAGUUCAUCUAAUGCACUUCUCUCCGUUUCGAAUUAUAUCAGCAAUGAGCAGGCUGAAUUAGAAGAGGCACAAAAGGAGUUAGAUAAAGAAGCAGCUGUACUAGAGCAGCGUUUACGCCAACAAAUGGCAUACGAACCAGGCACCUCAUUAGAAGAAGAACUGUUAAGACGAUGGUUUAUUUUAGUCAAUAAGAAGAAUGCCCUAAUUCAUCGGGGCUUCCAGUUGUCUAUAAUGGAGAAGGAAGAUGAUUUGAAAAAGAAAAUGAAAAUGUUGCAGGAUGAAUUACGAUCGAUUUUAUCCGUCGAAGGUAAAUUUAACUGGAUAUCACCACUGACACACAGACUAAGCUACUAAAAUUAACGGGAAACAAGAUUGCCUUAAAAGAUAACCACAAAUAAUUGGUAUAUUUGUGUUAUAACAUAACGAUGAAAUCAUUUACCUUUUCAACAAAUUAUAGGGUGCUAGACAUGCUAUUUUUCGUGAUUUCAGUUCUUUUGCAGUCAAAAACGUUCCCAUCCUCUAGUGAUUUCUGCCUUUCCCUAUGUGGUUGUCCUUGAGUUUGUUCUGUUUUUUAUAUUUAAUAACAGAAUACACAUAUAAACAAUGUUCCCCAUAAUUUAGCCUUUUGCGGAGACAAUAAAUUUUUCUUCGAAAUGGACAUGUAUUACGGGCAGUCAGGCGUAAUCCUUGAUAUUGUAUAUUUCUAGUUUAUAAUAGACUCGUCCGAUUCAUAUGUUUAAUGUGCAUUUGUCACUUCAAGAAAAUGAGUAGCUUUGAGAUUUAAUGGCUCUACUUUUUACGCGAUUUUUUUCUAUCUGUAUAAAGUUGGUUGCUAAAAUAAAGGAACAACAACUUACUUCUCCUGACAAAAACCGAUUAGUAUUUAUCCCUGAAUUUUUGUACGCUUAGAUCAAACUACGUCACUUUUAUAUAUCGUUACAUUUGCUUACCUGGGUCUCGAAAAAUCUAGCUAAGUAUCUUAAUUUAUCCUAUAAAUGUGAGAAGUGAACUCGCAACACCUGGAGAUUACGACAACAAAAACGUUGUUACAAGUUUAUGGGCAUAAAGUAUUUGCUGGCUUAGGCGUUGAAAUUCAUCAUUCAAGCAUUGGGCAGUCACUUAGUAUCAUUAGUCACAAAAAAUGGUCUAUGUACAAAUGUAUUUCUUUACCAAGUCACAUUCAGUUAUUAAACCUCUUUAAUGCAACGCGUCUAAUUCGUGAUUUCAUUAAAAUCUCAUACUAAUCGGUAAAACUUUUCUCAAAAUAAAAUAGAUUAUUUGAAAACAGAUAAUG